GAGUGAGACACGCGCGGCGCACACACGCUACAAGUCGCGGGCAGCGAUAGGUUGUGCCGCAAAGGGGCACUACGAUCGCUCGUGCCGAAACUCGACUCACGAUUCAUUUUCUUUGAAAUUUCGUGCAAUUGCAAAGAAAAAGUGACCGCGGCACAUUGUGACUCAGAGUGCUUGUGAACGUUACAUUUUCACAUAUCGAACGUGUUCACAUUAGUGGAAUGAAAAUCAAAUGUCUGAAAAAGUAAGGAUUACAUGAGCCUGGAAAACUUAAGGCAAAUAUUAAAUCUUCGAGACAUUAAACAUAUCAGAAGAUUAACAAAAAAGUACGAAAAUUUACGAAAAAUAUUUGUAACCGCACUGGUUAAGAUAUAUUUUUGAUAAAAAAAAUAUGUGUUAUCGCGAUUUAUAGAAGAAGGAAUAAUAUUAAUAUCUAAGUUAGUAACAAAUGAGUAUAUUAAGUAGCACAAGAGAAAGAAUAGUAUCAAAAAACAUGGCGCCGAUUAGUUUGAGAAGUAGCUUAAGGAUAUUAUGGACGACGGUGGCAGCAUUGAUCUUCCUCACAAGGAGUAGUGCAGCACCAGCCUUCGGAGGAACAGAUAAAGCUAUGUCUAAUUACGAUUCACACUUCCAGAUGUAUCUAGCUCAAUAUGGCUACCUGAGCCCUUCAGUAAGAAACCCUUCUAGCGGACAUAUCAUGGACGAGAGCUCAUGGCGGCGGGCGAUUGCGGAAUUUCAAAGCUUUGCUGGAUUAAAUACAACAGGUGAAUUAGACGAAGAAACGAUUAACGUGAUGUCAUUGCCGAGGUGUGGUGUUCGCGACAAAGUCGGUUUUGGUGAAAGCCGUGCCAAGCGUUAUGCACUCCAGGGAUCAAGAUGGCGCGUCAAGAAUCUGACAUACAAGAUCUCAAAAUAUCCAUCGCGACUGAACCGUGCUGAAGUGGAUGCUGAGCUUGCCAAGGCCUUCAACGUGUGGUCUGACUACACCGACCUCACCUUUACGCAAAAACGAUCUGGGCAGGUCCACAUUGAAAUCAGAUUUGAAAAGGGAGAGCACGGUGAUGGUGAUCCUUUCGAUGGACCUGGAGGCACCCUGGCCCACGCCUAUUUCCCUGUGUAUGGAGGUGACGCCCAUUUCGACGACGCUGAAAUGUGGUCCAUCAAUUCAAGACGAGGCACCAAUCUUUUCCAAGUCGCUGCUCACGAAUUCGGUCAUUCGUUAGGUUUGUCUCACAGUGACGUCAGAUCUGCUCUUAUGGCGCCCUUCUACAGAGGAUACGACCCUGCCUUCCAACUGGAUCAAGAUGAUAUUCAGGGUAUUCAGGCAUUAUACGGACACAAAACACAACUCGAUAUCGGUGGUAGUUUAGCGCCCAACCCCACUAUUCCACGGGUCACCACGCAACAACCUUCCUCUGAAGAUUCCACGCUGUGUGCUGAUCCCAAAAUUGACACAAUCUUUAACUCUGCUGAUGGAGCUACAUUUGUUUUCAAAGGAGAGAAUUACUGGAAGCUAACCGAAAAUGGAGUGGCAGCUGGAUACCCACGCCUCAUCGCCAGAUCCUGGCCAGGUCUUCCCGGUAACAUCGAUGCGGCUUUCACCUAUAAAAACGGCAAGACCUACUUCUUCAAGGGAUCUAAGUACUGGAGGUAUAAUGGCCAGAAGAUGGACGGUGACUACCCCAAGGAUAUCAGUGAAGGUUUCACCGGUAUCCCAGACAACAUAGACGCAGCCCUCGUAUGGUCAGGAAAUGGCAAAAUCUACUUCUACAAAGGCUCCAAGUUCUGGAGGUUCGAUCCAGCUCAGCGACCUCCCGUCAAGUCGACUUAUCCCAAACCCUUGUCUAACUGGGAAGGCAUCCCGGAUAAUAUUGACGCAGCUUUACAGUACACCAAUGGAUAUACGUACUUCUUCAAGGGUGGAUCUUAUUGGCGGUUUAAUGACAGAAGUUUCAGUGUGGACAUGGACACGCCGUCGUUCCCCAGGUCGAGCGCAUACUGGUGGUUGGGCUGCAGCUCAGCGCCGCGCGGCACAGUCGGAGGUAACGCGCGCCUCACGCACUCCCCAGAAGUCGACGAUGACGUUGGCGAUAUCCUCUUCGAUGCAGGUGUAAAAUCAACCGCUCCCAGAUCAUUCUUCUGGUUCAGGAAAUAGCCCGGAUGGAUGUUCCUGUAUAUUGUACAUAAUAUUACAUAAACAAAGACUCAAUUAGUUAUAGAGGAUAUGAAUACCAGUGAGAUUAUAAGACAAUAGCGGUGAUUUUUAUACCGGCAGUCAUGUCACGCGCUGUGUAUGGCGCCGAUGACGCGGGUGGGAACCGUAGGGGGAACAGUGGGGCAGUCACGACUUCGCCCGGUACAUGGAUGGUGCUUAGUUUAGCGCUGGCGUUUACGCUUACCUCCACAGUGCGCGCCUAGCGCAAAGGAACACUGCGUCUCUCUCUGUGAUCGUGUGCGUGUGUGUGUGUGUCUGUAGUGUUCGAUAUAUUGUGUAUAGCGAACGCCAUACUGUUGACGAGUGCGAACUUUUAUACUGUUGCGAGAACAAUAAUUUAAUUCGAAGUCAUAGUUUUUAUACUUAAUAUAAAUAGAUGAUGUAAGCUCGAGUGUGAUAUUGAAUUAAGAGAAGUAUUUGUAUUAAAUCAUUUAAACAAA